AUGGCUGCAGAACAAGCAAUGCGUUACCCACCGAGACUUUACGAAGAAGGGAUGUCUAGCCUCAAGAAUAAAAGCAUGUGUACCUAUUUUAGGAUGGCAGAUUUCCCUGGGGUUAGGGAAUCAAUUGGACAAGACGCGUGGGAUGAGAUCAAGCAAUUACCUCUUGGAAUAGUUGCUAAAUUAGUUGAAAGCAAAUUCGUUUGGUCUGCUAAGACUGUACACUAUUUAUUGUGUAGACAGUUGAGAAUAAAACAGAAAGAGAUUUGGUGUUUAGUUGGUGGCCAGCCUAUAAGGUUUGGUUUGAAUGAAUUCGCUCACCUCACUGGGUUAAACAUAGAUCCAACUCCAUCAGAGAAGUUUGAACCUUCAGUUGACUACAAACAGUUCUUAACAGAAGAAUUGAAAGUUCCUGGUGGGGAAGGUCCAACAUAUGAUGAGCUACUUAAAGGAUUAUCAGUGUGCCGGUCAUGGUCUGUUGAGAAGCGCAAAUGGUUGGGGCUAUUGAUUUUUUUAGCCAUUGGACUUUACUGCGUGCAUCAUAACUCACGGAUACCAUUUGAAGCUGCAAAAAUAGUUUCUGAUGAUAAAGCCGUGAAGGCUUAUCCAUGGGGUCGGGUCGCAUUUGAGACUAUGGUUGAUAAUGUCAAGUGCUUGAAUCCUAGAGGAGAGCGAUUCGGGAAUUUAGUCGAGAAUGAAGAGAUCCCGUUGUUUCGAUGGCCUGGAACCCGUACACGUUCAGCAUUAGAUGUGGCCAUUGCUGAAGAUAUCAAAAAGUAUAGUGAGUUCCGUGUGAGUAAAAUGGUGAUGAAGGGUGAUGUAAGUGAGCUUUUUCAUACGUGGCCAAAUCAGACAGAAGAAGACCCAGAACUUAACAACUUGGUCAAUGACAUACAUGAGGAUAAAGGUGGAAAAGUUAGAGCAGCGGUUGAGUCUGAAACUCCCGCUAAGAAGCAGAAAGUUGAAAAGGGUGGUGAUUCUGGUGCAGAAGAUACACAGAAGAAGAAGAAGAAGAAGAAGAAGAAGAUAAACGAGCCUCAUGAACAGAAGAAUAAGAAGAAGAAGAGUGAGGAGCUAAAGGCUGAUAGUGAAGAGGACGAUGCUGGUGGAAAGGCGUCACUUAAAUUACUCGUGGGUAUGGUUUCUGAAAUGAAAUCAAGUAUUGAGACCAUGAAAUCAAAGGUUGAGACCUUUGAUGAUAAGUUCACACAUGUUGAUGAAGAAUUCAUCAAGAUAAAAGGCCUAAUUUCCUUCGUUGCCAGAGGAGGAGGCCUAGCUGGUCUCAUGAGUGGAGGCAAAAACAUUCAGAAUGACGACAAAUGA